AACAAUAAAAGCAGUCAAUAAGGGUCCACUAAUACAGCACCAUUGUCUGUCUAUCCCUGCCACUCUGCCAACCGUUUCCUGCUGUCCACCUUCUCAAUCAAAUCAAAACCCCAACCAAAUCUUCAUCAAUUCCCCAAACAUGGACUCAUCCGACGACGAAGGAGAAGAAUACCUCUUCAAAGUCGUCAUCAUCGGCGACUCCGCCGUCGGAAAAUCAAACCUCCUCUCCAGAUACGCUCGCAACGAGUUCAAUCCGCACUCUAAGGCCACAAUCGGCGUCGAGUUUCAGACUCAGAGCAUGGAGAUCGACGGUAAAGAAGUUAAGGCUCAGAUUUGGGAUACCGCCGGUCAGGAACGCUUCCGUGCGGUUACCUCUGCCUACUACCGCGGUGCUGUUGGUGCCUUGAUUGUUUAUGAUAUCUCCAGAAGCACUACGUUCGAUAGCGUCUCUCGGUGGCUCGAAGAGCUUAACACUCAUUCGGAGACAACGGUCGCGAGGAUGUUGGUGGGAAACAAAUGUGAUUUGGAGAAUAUCAGGGCUGUAUCUGUUGAAGAUGGCAAGAAUCUCGCAGAGCAAAACGGGUUAUUUUUCAUGGAAACGUCGGCACUUGAUUCAACAAAUGUCAAAACGGCUUUCGAGAUGGUUAUUCGGGAGAUCUACAAUAAUGUAAGUCGAAAAGUAUUGAAUUCAGAUUCAUAUAAAGCUGAGCUAUCUUUAAACAGGGUGACUCUUGCAAACAAUGGUGAUGGGGAAUCUAAACAAGAUCAAAGCAAAUACUCUUGUUGUUCUUGAUUACUGAAUGUUUAUUCUUUCUAUAUCUACUUUGGAAAUUAAAUUAUUUUGUUUUUGGAUUUUGUAUAAUCUUUACAUUUGUGUUCCUCAACAAUGUUAAUUUGACAAGGAAUAUUCUUUACAUGGUUUAUGUUGCCAAA